CGGCAUCCCUGGCUCUGCCGGCGACAACUACCGGAGCUACCUGUGGAGGAGCUGCUACCCCUGUUACCUGGGGCGGGCAGGGUACCCUGACCUGCGGCCAGAUGUUGAUGAGUGCCAGGUCCACAACGGGGGCUGCCAGCAGAGGUGUGUGAACACCCUGGGCUCGUACUACUGCGAGUGCAGACCAGGCUUCCGCCUGCACGCGGACGGCAGGACCUGCCUCGCUGUGAACUCGUGUGCCCUGAACAACGGUGGCUGUGAACACGACUGUGUGCAGGUGACGCUGACACAGCAUCGCUGCCAGUGCCGCCACAACUUCCAGCUGCAGGAGGAUGGCAAACACUGUGUCUGUGAGAACCCGUGUGCCGACAGGAACGGGGGCUGCAUGCAGCUGUGCCACAGCCAGCGCGGCCGCGCGCGCUGCGACUGCCACCCUGGGUACCGCCUGGCACCCGACGGCAAGGCCUGCGAAGAUGUGAACGAGUGCCUGACAGGACUGGCCAUGUGUGCACACCAGUGUCUCAACACUCGUGGCUCCUUCAAGUGCACCUGCAACCCAGGCUACGAGCUGGGGGCGGAUGGCAGGGGAUGCUACCGAAUAGAGAUGGAGAUUGUGAACAGCUGUGAGGCCAACAACGGUGGCUGUUCCCACACAUGCCACCACACCAGCUCUGGCCCAGUCUGCACCUGCAACUUUGGCUUUCGGCUGGAGGAGGACCAGAAGUCGUGCACGGAUAUCAACGAGUGUGACACUGGUUCUCACUGCUGUCAGCAGGACUGUUACAACUACCCUGGGGGCUAUGAGUGUGCCUGCUAUGCUGGGUACAGGCUCAGCACGGAUGGCUGUGGCUGUGAUGAUGUGGAUGAGUGCUCUUCAAAUAAUGGUGGAUGUGAACACACAUGCCAGAACCAGCCAGGGUCGUUCCAGUGUGGCUGUGAAGUUGGGCACAAGCUGGAUGAAGACCGAAGGAGCUGCAUCUCUCUAGAGGACACCGUGGAAGCUCUGGACGGUCGUCGCCCUGUUAUCCGCCCCGUCCCUCACGUUGCCAUCCUGAGAGAUGAGUUUACACAGCUCUUCAACGAUGACUAUGAGGAGGAGGAGGAGGAGAUGGAAGCAAGAGGAGAGCACACGCUUUCGGAGAAAUUCGUCUGCCUGGAGCACACAUUUGGCCCUGACUGCAGCCUGACCUGUGAGGACUGCCAGAACGGAGCCACCUGCAACGCUGAGGGGACAGGCUGUGUCUGCCCUGCUGGCUGGGCUGGAAUCCUCUGCAACCAGACCUGCCCAGCUGGCACCUUCGGCAGCAACUGUAGCCAGACCUGCCUCUGCCAGAAUGGAGGAACCUGUGACCCCAUCAGUGGCAGCUGCCGCUGCCCUCCCGGCGUGGCUGGGCAGCUCUGCCAGGACGGAUGCCCUAAAGGAUUUUUCGGGAAGCAGUGCAGGAAAAAGUGCAACUGUGCCAACCGGGGGCGUUGCCAUCGGAUUUACGGAGCCUGUCUGUGUGAUCCCGGGUUGUACGGCCGCUACUGCCACUUGGCCUGCCCGCGGUGGGCGUUCGGCGCGGGGUGCUCAGAGGAGUGUGACUGUGUGCAGCCUCACACGCAGGACUGCGACCGGCGCGACGGCUCGUGCCGCUGCAAGCCUGGCUACCAUGGCCCACGCUGUGAGACCAGCUGUGAGCCUGGCUAUUACGGGGAUGGCUGCAAGAAGAAGUGUAGCUGCUCCCCAGGAGUGUCCUGUGACCCUGUCACUGGAGAGUGCCAGAAGGAGUGUCCCCGAGGCUACCACGGGGAGAACUGUGACCAAGAGUGCCCAGAGGGGAUGUUUGGGGCUGGCUGCAGGCAGCUCUGUGCCUGUGGUGGGGCACCCUGUGACCGGACGACGGGGCAGUGCCGCUGCCCACCCGGCUGGAUGGGACACGACUGCGGCCAAGCUUGCCCCGAGGGUCGCUGGGGACCAGGCUGCCAGGAGAUCUGUCCUGACUGUGCCAACAAUGCCAGCUGUGACCCUGCCACGGGAGCCUGUCUGUGCCUGCCAGGCUACACCGGCCAGCGCUGCCAGGAUGUGUGUCCUCCUGGCUGGUUCGGGCCCAACUGCCAGCUGAGCUGCAGCUGUGGGAACGAGGGACAUUGCCAUCCGGUGACAGGGACGUGCAGCUGCCCGUCUGGCUGGACAGGGUACAACUGUCAGCGAGCCUGUGACAUGGGGCGCUGGGGCCCUGACUGUGCCCACACCUGUAACUGCAGCCACAGCGCCGGGAGCUGCAGCGCGGAGACGGGACGGUGCCUCUGCGACGCUGGGUACGCGGGCAGCCGCUGCCCGGCGUGCCCAGAAGGAUGGUUUGGGCUGGGCUGUCGGCACCAGUGUCAGUGUGAGAAUGGAGCUGCCUGUGACCACGUCAGUGGGGCUUGUACUUGCAGCCCAGGCUGGAGAGGAACCUUCUGUGAGCAUGCCUGUCCCGAUGGAUUUUAUGGACUGGAGUGUCGACAAGUCUGCAACUGCCUGAAUGGUGCCCAGUGUGACCCUGUGACAGGCCAGUGCCAGUGUCCCCCUGGCUGGACUGGCCCCCGCUGUGGCCAGGCCUGCCCAGCGGGUUUCUAUGGGAAGAACUGCCGCCAGCGCUGCCUCUGCCACAACGGUGCCACGUGUGACCCGGGCACGGGUGUCUGCGCCUGCCCCGCGGGGGGCAGCACGGGGUACUGCCAGCAGCACUGUGAGUGCCAACACGGGGGGCUCUGCGACCGCCGGACGGGUCACUGCCGCUGCCAGCCUGGGUGGACGGGCGAGAAGUGCCAGAGCCCUUGCCCAGAGGGGCAGUUUGGGGCUCUCUGUGAGGAGCUCUGCGACUGUGGGGCCGUCGCAUGCCACCACGUCACUGGUGCUUGUGAUUGCCCCCCUGGCUGGAGGGGACGGCGCUGUGAGAAAGCCUGCCUGCCAGGUUCCUUUGGGAAGAACUGUGCCAGUCUCUGUGCCUGUCCCCGGGGAGUGCCCUGCCACCACGUCACGGGGCAGUGCGGCUGUCCGCCGGGACUGACGGGCUCUGGAUGUGAAAAACCCUGCCUGCCAGGAACCUUCGGAGAGGGCUGUGCUCAGAUCUGCCAGUGUGCUGGAGCCACCCAGGAGUGCCACCCUGUCACUGGUGCCUGUGUCUGCGCCCCUGGUUUCCACGGUCCCACCUGCCAGCUGGAGUGCUCCCCUGGGUGGUACGGCUGGGACUGCAAGAGGCCAUGCCAAUGCAAGAACGGGGGGCAGUGUGACUCUGCCACGGGGAUGUGCCACUGCCCUGCAGGAUAUAUCGGCGCUGACUGCGGCAUCGGAUGUCCCUCUGGCCGCUACGGCCAGGACUGUGCAGGGCUGUGCUCCUGUGGGGCAGGUUACCUGUCACCCUGUCACUGGAGACUGUGUGUGCCCACUGGGCAGAGCUGGUCCCACCUGUGA